GCAAGUUUGUCAUGAACAGUUAAAAUGUAAAUUUCAUACACUUUUAAUGACAGCAAAUUUGUUGUUUUAAUGCCGAACUAUGAGUAACUUAAUGAAACUAUAAAACAACCCCUCUCUCUGAGAUGGUUUUUGAUUUUAAUUCGCAGUAGAGUUAUUUAUUUCGCCAGAUGAAAGUCUUGUGGUAAGAAUUGCUGUUAUGGAAAUUGACUGUGACUCGCCGAAUAUUUCCUGCCACGAGUUAAACAACGAGGCGUCUAAAUGUAUCCGAGAUGGUACAUACGGUCUUAUUGGUGCGAUGUGGUUGAUGGGAGUGAUUGGGAUCAUAGCUAAUUCAGUCACUAUUGUAGUGCUCAAACGACUCAUCUCAGUCGACAUAGAGCGCCAGAUCAUGAACUUUAUCCUGAUCACAAUUGCACUGAAUGACAUCGCGUUCCAGACGCUGUUUCCCACUCUAGUGCUCUGGUUCCAGGCAUACCCGGAGUACAUAGAACAGUACGACUGGUACCGAAACUUCACACAACCACACAGCCCCACAUUCAGACGCAAAAGCGCCUUGUUGAGGAACUUUACAGUGAAGGGGAGAAAUGUACUUAAGUUCUCCCUACAACCAGGCUUGAUGCUGGACAGUCUGUUGCUUUAUCUUCUGCUGGCUUACUUCCUCUGGUACUGCGCCAAGAUGAAAAGUCAGUUUGGAGCUAGAAGAUCAGUUGGGAUUAUCGAAGAGAAACAGAAAAAAUUCAAAACUCUCUGCUGCAGCAUUCCACCACUGGUCACAGCCUAUUCGAUUGGCGUGUUCGUGCUGGGAGACAUCUUCAUGUUGGAGAAGCCCUCUUUGUUCAUAUCUGUGGCUCUUCUGGUGGGAGUGUGUGUGCCAGUGUUUGUACUCAACUUCUCCCGCCUGCGCAGUAUGAAGAGACUGAUGAAGGAGUUGGAGGAGUUGGCGGGAAACAUAGAGGAGGACUCGGAGGAUGAAAAUGAUGAGACAUCGGUUUACGGCGACAGUAUUCAAGACGAGAAGCCGGACGAACGGCCAGAAAUUCUCCCCGCGGAACCCACAGGCCGUCGUCCAACGAGCGAACACGUCCGAACAUCCUACGACAGCGAUCCGAGCUCACAAAACGAAGCCUCCACAUCAGCCGUUGUUCUAGCACCUCAACGUCGAGAUAGCCGAAACCCAAAUAACCGACUGAGCAUUGGUCGAAUGCAGAAAAAGUUGGACAGGAUGUUUAAAAAACAGAGUCUAAAAGCGACAAAUAAAAGUUUGACAAAAUCUAAAAGCCAGGAGGAGCUAGAGAGCCGACACAAUAAUUGGAGAAGAACCGCCCUAAUUUCUUCACUCUGCAGUGUUGUUUGUGUUUUGCCUUCUUUUGUUUACUUUGUAGUGAAGUCAACUUCGUUUUUCAAACGAGAAUAUUACGAUCACGAGUGGGUCUCAGUUUGUUUCGGAUACGUGAGUUUCUCUUCUUUUACAUGAUACUAGCUCCGAUUAAUUUCUUCAUAAACCCAUUCGUGUAUUACUUCACUAACCGUGAGUUUAGAAAGAAGUUUAGGUCGACUUUUAAAUGUUUGUUCAUCCGAAGAUACAGACGAGGGUCGGGUUUCACGACUGCUGACCAUUCGAUCGCUUCGUCAGCUAUGGAGUUACCCGAUAUUCAUCGCCAGUCGAUUCGGAGCACACCGAGUUUCAAUCGGAACCGAGCGACUGUUUCCGAACUGUAAACCCGAUAGGCCAUUUAGAACUUUUUAGUCAUCAUUUCUUAUACGCUUAAAACUUAUUUAAAUGGACUUAUUUAUUUUUUGAAACCUGUCGGAGAUUCGCCCCAGAUAACUUAAUAAUCAAUGUCAUAUUGUUGUAAUUUUAGGUUUUCCAAAAAAUAUUCAUUCUAGGAACUCAUCCCUUCCGUGACAUAAGAGUUUCAAACUUGGAUAGUA